AUGGGAGAACUCGAGGUUCCAGAAAGAGAGCUCGAGUAUUUUGCGACUUCAGCCAGAGCUGGCCGCCGUAAUGCACUUCCGGAGAUCGAGGUUGAAAUUAACGAUCAGGAUGCUGCAAAACUAGCUGAGAGAAUGUCAGAUAUGACAGCUCAUUGCGAAGAGACAGCUGAUAAUCAAAAUCAGCCAGGACCAUCUCAACCAAAACAAGGGAAUUCGUAA